AUGGCUUGUGUGUCGCAGUCCAUUGCCCGCUACAAGUUGCUCCGCUGCAUCGUCUCGGCGGCACAGUUUGCCGGCGGUGAGUUGUGCUUCUACGAAAAUCAUGCCGAGCUUGUAGCGCAGGAUGCGGCGGGGGAAACUACGUCCCCGCUUUGGAUUGAAUAUGACGUUCUACUACAUUUUCGCGUCGUGCGGCAGCAGCAGCUGAUGCGAAUCGAACUCCCCCGCUCGAUUGUGUGGCGCUGGGCGGAGGCCAACGGUUUCCUCUCCGAGCUGGACGGCGGAGAGAGUCUCACGCAUGCGGAAAUGGACAAACCAUGCACACUCAUUGAACAGCUGCGCGAGGCGGACAUGACGCAUUUUCUGCGGUCCGUCGCGCCGUUGGUGGCAGCAAGCCGACGGGCGCGUUCGGCGUCGCGUGUGAGCACGACGGAGCCGCUGCCGCUAACGUAUUACCCACCGAGCCCCGAGGCAGCCUCAGUGGCGACAACCGAAAAAACGUCUGCGGCCGAUGGCGGGGGAGACGACGUCCGCCUUCGUGAGAGCAGCAACGGUGACGAUGACAGGGGCGGCGGCGAGGACGCCUCCAGCGAAAAUGUCUCGGCGGCGUGUCGAUCUCAAAGGGCUGCCACAGUCACAGUGCGCAGCCUCUCGCCAGGCGCGGCGACCUCCGUGGCGGCUGCGGGGAGUAACCGCCAGACAAAAGGAGGGGAUACGCGUGAGAAUUUUGCCCCUUCCACGCUGAAGACGACGCCGGUGGCUUCCAUGAACGCAAGCAAUGCGCAGCGUGUGGGGGAGGAGGAGGAGGAGCGUCUCUCACGUUGCUUGGAGGCCCUGGACGCGGAGAUGGACACUUCGGCAGUGCACUUAGCGCGUGGCUUUACCUCACAGAACAGCGGCCUUCUGGCACACCUCGCGACACAGAACAGAGAACGCGGCGUUGCUGCUUCUGGCGGUAGCAGCGAGGCGGCGGUUGCAAGUACGCCACCGCCCCCCUCCUUAUCACCGACAGACCUGCAGGGGGCCAGGCAGGUGCCGGGGAAGGGGAAAUCGCGGCGCUGUGCGGCGCCGUGUCGACGCCCGCCUCACGUGGGAGCUGGUAUGAGGGAAGAAGUGGGAGCAACGCCAAAGCGAGCCCGGAAGGAGAAUUCACCGACGCCGUCGCUGCUUGCAGGAGCCGCCACAGUGGAUGAGGCAGUUGCGGCAACAGGAGCAGCGGUCCGAGCAGCAUCAGUAGAGUUGUCAGCGGCCGGCGCUCCCCACGACCAUUUACCAGCAACGCUAAAUAGUGUUACCCCACCAUCGGCAGCAGCUGCGGCGCCUCCUGCGGGACAUGACACGGUCUCUGUCUCUCACAGCACCGCCGCUGCGGGAAUGCGCAACGCAGCCGGCGCCAACCUCACUGGUGGGGCUGCGUACAACUUUGCAGAUUUUACGACUGCACCGGAGAAUGCGGCUCACCUGCCUCUCUUGCCCGAGGUAAAAAAGGUCCUCCUGGACCUUGAGGAGAUGCUUCCACACAAGCGAAGACGUCGCGGUGCUGGCGAUACAAAAACGCCAAGACCGCCGCCAAGGAGAGGAGCAGCGGGGAGGCGGCAAUGCAAAGCCACAACGAAAGGACUUGGAAAGGGCAAGAACAUAAUCUCAACAGAGGAGACAAAAACAGCAAAUGUCGCACAACCACCGCAUCCGAUGGCUAGUGACUGCGAAAGGGCGUCGCCACUUGCUUCUGAAGCCGCUGAAGCUGCAGCUGCUGCUUUUGGGGAGAUAGUCGCUUCUCCACCUGAGGCAGCCCCACUGAACGUGAAGCCUUCUGGCGCAUCACAACACGCGCUAUGCAUCCAGACGCCUGCUUCGCCAACAAUUGAGAAGCCUCAACAAACAUCAGUAAGUGAGCGGCCCAAAGCUGGGCAUACAUCAGAUACAUCAGCAGCGGCAGCGGCAGCCAACUGUUGCCUUCCAUCGGCUUGCGUGACUCCCAUGAGUGACUACCACUUGGCCGAGGCGGCUUCCCACCAAUAUCGUGAACCAGGCGGCGAAAGGAAUAAGGACCUUGGGCCUGGGUGUGCUUCUUCCAUGCGUGCUACCUCGGCAGCAACAGCAGCCACCAACUUGCUGGGCCGGAGAGCCAGCUUAUUGGAGCAAACAAUUGAUGGAAAGUUGUUGCCCACCCCUUCAGGGGCCCAUACGCCGCUCCCGUUUGCACCUGACUUACCCCCACCACGUCACGUGCAGGAGCAGGAAAAUAAGCAGUAUGGUACAUCUUUUACUGCGGCAGAGGGCAACUCCCGCAAAAAUCGAUGGCGACGUGUGGUGCGACAACUGAACAGCCUCUCACUGCACCUUACACAAGCGAGGGCGUGUGGAGAGGAGUUGCGGGGGCUGUUCUUGUUGAUGCUCGAGGAUGCAGAGGUCUGA